AUGGCCGUGGAGCUGAGAGCUCUCCUCCUCCUCUUCUGCUUCCCAGGUCUCCAGGCCCAAACAACUAAUGCUGAGGAGAGGCGACAGGAGGGGAGUGUUCUGUAUCUCCAGUGUCCUUACAUUGCAGAGAUCAUAAACUAUUACCAGAUAGUUUGGUGCCGCGUGAAGGAAGGACGGUGUGAUACCAUAGUGAGCACAAGCAGCCCACAGAGGGUUGAAGCCACAGGCAGGACAACUACACUAAGCGAUGACCCCGUGCAGAGGACUCUGUCUGUCACCAUGACUAAGCUCCGGGCAGAGGACUCAGGCACCUACUCCUGUGCUUACUCUGUCGAUAGAGUUUAUCGACUGAAGACAAUCUCCCUGAACGUGUUCAAGGAGGUGCUCAGGUGGGAGCUGGACAGCCUGGCCGUGCAGUGCCCGUACAGCAGCAGGGCGGUCGCGGCGGGGCAGAAAGUUUGGUGCCGAUGGGAAGGGCAGAGCAAGUGCACAAUCCUGGAGAAGACACAUCACUAUUCAACAUGGAGCCAGGACAGAGCUGUGCAGACCAGAAUAGAGAUCGAGGACUACAGUCAAAGGGCUCUCACUGUCACCAUCAAGAAGCUGCAGGCCUGGGACACUGGUGUGUACUGGUGUGCACACUACAGAGACUCUGGUCUCUCCCGGAUAACGGAGGUCGUGCUCUCUGUGGCCAAGAGGACCCAGCAGCACACAGCCAAGGAGUCAGGAAACUUCUCUGUGCAGUGUCUGUACAGAGCCGAGGACUAUAAGGCUGUGAGCAAAGCCUGGUGCAAAGUAGGAGCAAGGAAGGAGUGUCACAUACUGGCCACCACCAGCUCGCAGUCCCCGGGGCACAGCAGAGUCAGGAUCCAGGACGACACCGUUCAGGGGAUUCUCACCAUCACCAUGGAGAAGGUGCAGGCACAGGACUCUGGUGUGUACUGGUGUGCCCUCCACGAGCCCCCCGAGCUCUACCGCAUGGAGGAGGUCACGCUGCAAGUGGCCAAAGUGUUGGGUCGAACAGCCUCCUCAGAACCUGAAGGCACAAGCCAAGCAACUCCUUUGGAUGACAGCCCAGCAGAACCCAGCUCAAGCAUGGACACCUUCCUCCUCCUGUCUGUGGUGCUGGGCAUCCUGCUCGCCCUGGCUCUCAUCACCUCCACAGCACUGUGUGUCAGGCAGUGCAGGCAGAAGGACAGGACAGGUAAGAGAGAAGCAGAUGACACCUAUGAACAACCAGAGGCCACAGCAGAGCCUGACAGCACUGGAAGAAAGGAAAGUCUCAAUGAUGACAGCGGAGGCCUAAAAGGCAUUAACCUGGACUUGCAAUCCUGUUCCAGCCCUGAGGAUCCUCUUUACUCCAACAUUGAACCAAGUCAGGCUCUCAGGAAGCCCCAAAACAAAAGUGUGGAAUAUGCUGUCAUUGCAUUCAAGCAGUUCCCAAGGAGUGACAUGAAUUGA